AUGAACCACUUUUCAGAAGCAAAUGAUGUUGGUGGUGGAGGUUAUGGCAAGGUGUACAAAGGGAUUCUUCCCUCUGGACAGCUCAUAGCAAUCAAAAGAGCUCAACAAGAAUCUUUGCAAGGAGGGUUAGAGUUGAAAACUGAGAUUGAGCUUCAUUCAAAGGUUCAUCAUAAGAAUGUUGUCAAAUUGAUGGGCUUUGCUUUGAUCGAAGUGAACAAAUGCUCGUAUAUGAGUACAUUCAUAAUGGCUCUCUUAGAGAUAGUCUCUCAGAAUGAGAUUAGGCUAGAUUGGACAAAAAGGCUCAAGAUAGCACUUGGUUCAAGAAAGGGAGGUCUAGCUUAUCUUCACGAGCUUGCUGAUCCUCCAAUUAUACAUAGAGACGUCAAAUCACAUUACAUACUACUUGAUGAAAAUCUAACUGCCAAGGUUGCUGAUUUUGGUAUUUCCAAGCUUGUGGGAGACCGAGAGAAAACUCAUGUCACAACACAAGUGAAAGGUUCCAUGAAGAGUAAUGUGUACGAGUUUGGUGUGGUCAUGCUUGAGCUAUUAACCGGUCAAAUUUCAAUAGAGAAAGGCAACUACGUGGUGAAAGUGGUGAAAAAGAAGAUGGAUAAAGCAAGAAGCUUGUAUGACCUGCACGAACUGCUAGACACGACUGUCAUUGCAAGCAGUGGGAAUCUGAAAGGGUUUGAGAAGUAUGUAGAUCUUGCUCUGAGAUGCAUAGUGGCGGAACGAGUGAAUAAGCCAUCUAUGGGUGAGGUGGUGAAGGACAUUGAGAACAUACUGCAACUUGCAGGACUAGACCCUAGCAUCGAUUCAACGGUGAGUUCAAGAAUAUACGAGGAAGCAUCUGAUGAUCCUGAUGGAAAGGAAUCGUUUCCCAGUUUGAAACAUCUUGUAAAUGUGGAGUCGCAUGAUUUGUUUCUUGUUAUGUAUCACUGA